AUGAAGCUGGCCAUUUUACUUUUGUCCUUAGCGGCCUUUGGGUCCGCGGAUUUAUUGAGCAAUAUCCUUAGUUACAAUACGGCUUAUGGAUACUUGACUAAAUAUGGCAUACCUGAAGCCGAAAGGAUCAAGAAGGCUGAAGAAGAAUAUCUGAGAAACAAACCCUUUGUAGGCAGAAUUAUUGGUGGGUCCCCAGCUGCAGCAGGACAAAUCAAAUACCAGGCUGGUCUCAUCAGUGAUAUAAUAGGAAUAUCAGGGAGAGGUGUUUGCGGAGGAUCCCUCGUCUCAGCAAACCGGAUAAUUACAGCUGCUCAUUGCUGGGACGAUGGCAGAAACAAAGCCUGGAGAUUCACUGUUGUUCUUGGAUCAGAAACCCUUUUCACAGGCGGUACUAGAGUCCUUACCAGUGAUGUGGUCACCCAUCCACUGUGGUUCCCACUAUUGAUCCUCAAUGACAUCGCUAUCAUCCGUUUGCCAGAACCUGUUGCUUUGUCUGAUACCAUCGGAACCGUUUCUUUGCCCACUGGAUUAGAAAUCUUUGAUAACUUCAACGGUCAAGUCGCUACUGCUUCUGGUUAUGGACUUACAAAAGAUGGCGGCAGUAUCAGCAACAGCCAAUUCUUAAGUUACGUCAACAUGUCUGUCAUUUCAAAUGAAAUUUGCAACAUCGCUUUCUUCGGUAACAUUCGUCCAUCGAACAUUUGCACGAACACCCUCGGUGGUAAGAGUACUUGCCGUGGUGACUCUGGUGGUCCACUUGUUGUACAAAGAGGUGACAGGACUGUUCUGAUUGGUGUUACCUCAUUUGGAAUUGCUUUUGGAUGCGAAAUCGGAUGGCCAGCAGCCUUUUCAAGAGUUACAUCAUUCCUUGGAUUCAUUAACGACAAUAUAUAA